AGGGCUUGCGAUCUUGAACUUUUAAAUAAUAUAAAUAUAGAGGAACUAGAUCAAGAAAGUGCUGCAACUCAUGCAACUUUGCUACUAUUGAUCUUUGAACUUAGGAAUGACACAAGCACGGAGAUUGCAAAACAAGCUUCGAUGGAGAGGCGUCUUAUUUUAAUGGAUAAUGGCGCAAAUGAAAUAAAGGACGCAACCAUUGGAGGUGCUGCACAUGCAGCUGGCGAAGUAAUUCUUCAUUUGCUAUUACUGAUUAUAAAUGGUAAUAUGAUAGGAAUUUAUGGUUUAUUAUAUUUGAAACAUUGA